UACAACGUAAGUCAUAACAUGCAUAUAAUAUUAUGUCAAAGAUGUACUGUGUCUAUGAUAUUAAAUAAUUUUAAUUUGAGGUGCAUAUUUUAUUAAUCGUUUAUCGAAUAAUUAACGUAUUAACUAUAUGUAUGCCUGGUACCUCCUACCUAAAUAAUAAUUUUAGUAUUUAUACAAUAAGUUAUUAUUAUUCACUUUCACUAUGAUCUAUCAACAACUAACUACUACAGUUUGCAUCUUUAUUAUCACAUGUCAUAUGGUAUCCGGGCCAUUAACAGAAAAACAGAAACUCUCUCUCUCUCGCCACUGCUCACGAUCCACGCAGAGAGGCGGUCAGUUGCCGCCGCCGCCGCCGGGCUUCAGAUACAUGACCGCCGCAAACAUAAAUAAAAAUUUUCCCAGAAAUUCGUUCAAGAUAACAUCGUUACGGAACGCUGUCAGUAAUAAUAAUCGCAAGUCAUCGACACCUCCGAGGGGUGGCCUUAAAAAUACUGUCAAAACUGUCGUUAAAAAGAUCGUCAGAAUCAGAAACAGUGCAGGCUUUCACACUGCAUCGUUUCGUGACUCUUUAGCAGUGAAUACGCUGAAUACGCCGAUGUCAAAAUGUUGGAAACUCGAUACCACUGGCAACCUGUACAAGUUGAAUACAAUAUUUCAAAUCGAACUAGGCAUCCGGGCAAUUGUCAUUUAGUCAGAGACUAGCUCUCUCACGUAACUACCCACGAUCCAUGCUGAACUACGGCGUGUUGCGGCGGCCGCCAAACGGCUACCACUAUGAGACGAGGAGACACAUCUCGAAUACUUAUC